AUGGCCUCUCUGUCAACCAAGCCCAUUAACCGCCGGGUUCUCCCCGGUCUCUUUGAGUCAUGUCAACAUCGGGUCUUCAACUCCUCGUUCAAACCCACCCCUCCUCCAGAAGGGUCAUGGGACAGCCACGUCCACAUCAUCGACCCCCAAAAGUUUCCGUUCCCCGCCAGCGUCAAGCCCCCUCAGGAAGCAACCAUAAACCAAGCAUUCCAAAACGCUGAACGACUCGGGCUGCCGAACCUGGUGUUCGUCCAGCUGUCCAUGUACGGCAACGAUAACACGUGGGUGCUCGAGUCUCUCAAGGACGUCGGGCCCACCAGAGGUCGCGGCGUCGUCGCGUUCGACCCGGAACGCAUCGACUCCCAUACCCUACAGCAGUGGCACGAUCUCGGUGUGCGGGGCGUCCGGGUCAACCUCCGAUCGUCCAACACCGUGCUCUCCAAGACCGAAAUCCAGACCGUGUUGCGCAGGUACGCCGAGAGACUGCGGCCGUUGAAAACGUGGUCGAUCGGGCUGUACGCCGACAUGGAGGUCCUCGAUCACGUCGAGCCGCUGGUGUCCGAACUCGGGGUGAAGUUGGUGCUCGAACACUUCGGUUCCCCGGCGCUACUGCCGUUGAACCCGGCCAAGCAGCCGGGCUGGGAUGCGCUGAAACGCAUGAUGGAGGACCCGCGCGUCUACGUCAAGAUCUCGGCACCGUACCUUUUCUCCAAAGAUGCGAGCUUCUCCGACCUGGAGUCGCUGGCCAAGGCCCUCUUCCGCAUGCGGAACGGGGACGGCGUCGUGUUCGGCUCGGACUGGCCCCAUACCAAGUGGUGGGGGUGGGAUGCGAAGCCGUUCAUGGACAAGGUCGCCGAGUGGUGUGACGGGGACGACGAGCUGCGGGAGAAGCUUUUCCGAGGCAAUGCGAGGGGCCUAUGGGACGUUUGA